AAUAACAAUGGAUUCAAUCAGUGUUCCAGAAGUCACUCUAAAGCCUAGCGAUCGGAAAAUGCCGAUGUUGGGGUUGGGCACAUCAGCCUCCCCGUUUUCAGGAUCAGAAAGUACUAAACUCGCGAUUCUUCAAGCCAUAGAACUUGGUUAUAGACACUUUGAUACGGCUUCUCUGUAUCAAACAGAGCAGCCACUUGGUGAUGCAACAGCCGAAGCGCUAUCUCUUGGCAUAAUUAAGUCUCGAGAUGAACUCUUUAUCUCAUCCAAGCUAUGGUGUAGCGACGCUCAUCAUGAACUUGUUGUUCCUGCGCUUCAAAAGAGUUUACAUAAUCUUCAGUUGGAGUACCUUGAUCUCUAUGUAAUACAUUGGCCUGUGAGUUCAAAACCAGGAAGCAAUGAGUUCCCCAUAAAGAAGGAAGAUUUUCUCCCCAUGGAUUUCAAGUCUGUAUGGGAAGCCAUGGAAGAAUGUCAAACUCUUGGCCUUACAAAGUCCAUUGGAGUCAGCAAUUUCUCGUGUAAAAAGCUCAGUGAAAUCCUUGCUACAGCAAAGAUCCCUCCGGCUGUCAAUCAAGUGGAGAUGAGCCCACUUUGGCAACAAAACAAGUUGAGAGAAUUCUGCAAUGAGAAUGGAAUUCUUGUUACAGCUUAUGCACCUCUAGGAGCCAGAGGAACAAUUUGGAGUAGCAACAGAGUUAUGGAAUGUGAAGUGCUGAAAGGAAUAGCAGAGGCCAAAGGGAAGACAGUUGCUCAGGUAUGUUUAAGGUGGGAAUUUGAACAAGGUGUGACUGUGGUAGUAAAAAGUUUCAACAAAGAGAGGAUGAAAGAGAACCUUGAGAUAUUCAACUGGGAAUUAAGUGAAGAAGAGUCCAAGAAAAUCAGUGAAAUCCCACAAAGCAGAGGAUGCGUUGGCGAAGAUUACAUAUCUCGAAAUGGACCAAUCAAGACCAUUGAGGAGCUGUGGGAUGGUGAAAUUUGAUUUCAGUUAUUAA